AUGUCAAAUACUGCUAAUAAGAACGCCCCUGCUCCUAAAUUGAAGAAAGAAAGUUAAAAUUAAUCAACAAUAAAACUCGCAGCUGCCACUCUAAAGAAACAACCGUAUUAUAUUAUAUGAUUUAAGAGCAUCAUAAAUCUAAAAAGCAAGCGAGCCACCUCAAAAGAAAACUGCAAACACUGACUCAUUGCUUGAAAAAACUUCAGAUUUAGCAUAAGCUGCAAAAUCAACUAAAGUUGUUCGAACUACAACAAAAUCAAUAACUACAAAAAUAGAUGAUGGAAAACUAAAACAACAAUCUGAAUAAACAUUUAAAUAAGAUUUUACUUUGAAUAAGAAUUCAAAAAAAUAAACUUUAAAACCUGGAAAAUAGUAAGAAAAACAAAAAGUGGAACAAUAAAAAGAUUAAAGACGCCCAGAAGGAGUAAAAUAUCAAGAUGACACAAAUUCUUAGGCAUCAAAUCAAUUUGAUUAAACAUAAGAUAUUAAUAACUCGAUAUUAGAUUAAGAAUCAAUUUUAGAGAAUUUUAACUAAGAAACAACGGAAGUCAAUAAUAAGGAUAGUAUAUUAAAUGAAAAAUAAGUUGAAUAAAGAAAUUAAAUAAUUUUAUCACAAACAGAAAAUAUAAAUGAAUCAAUAAAUCUUGAUUGUGAAGAAGAUAAUAUGUUGUCUGUUAAAAUAGAUGAUGCAAACGAUGAUGAAAGUAAAUCACCAUACAAAGAAGUAAAUUUAAUUGAGUAUGAUGAUAAUGAUUCGAAAAAUAUAGAAAAAGAUUUAAUUAUCUCGUAGAAAUAGAUUUGUAUAUAGGAAGUACAAUCUUCUAACUAAGAUAAAUAAUCAAAAAAAAGUCUAUAAGAUAAUAUAAAUUAAUUUGAGAAUAUUUAAGCUUAAUAGAAUUAAUAAAAUUAAUUGUCAAUAAAGGAGAAAAAUAAUGUAAUGAUGUAAGAUAUUGAAAUAAACUCAAAUUAAUAACAAGAGAGUUUGGAAAAAAAUUUGAAUGAAGAAUAGAAAAUGGUAGAAAAUAUAGAUGUAUAAAUAAGCAUAAUGUAAUAAUAAUAGAUCUAUAAAUAAUAAGAUAAUAAUGAAUAAGAUGGAGAAAAUAAAAUCGAAAAUGAAACCAAUCAUUAAGAUUAAUUAUAAAUUUAAGAAGAUUAAGAAUAAAAUAACUAACAAUCUUAAUAAUAAGAAAAUGUUCUUCAAGAAAAUAAUUAAUAAGAUGGAGAAAAUAAAAUCGAAAAUGAAAAAGAUCAAUUAUAAAUUUAAGAAGAUUAAGAAUAAAAUAACUUACAAUCUUAAUAAUAAGAAAAUGUUCUUCAAGAAAAUAAUUAAUAAGAUGGAGAAAAUAAAAUCGAAAAUGAAAAAGAUCAAUUAUAAAUUUAAGAAGAUUAAGAAUAAAAUAACUUACAAUCUUAAUAAUAAGAAAAUGUUCUUCAAGAAAAUAAUUAAUAAGAUGGAGAAAAUAAAAUCGAAAAUGAAAAAGAUCAAUUAUAAAUUUAAGAAGAUUAAGAAUAAAAUAACUUACAAUCUUAAUAAUAAGAAAAUGUUCUUCAAGAAAAUAAUUAAUAAGAUGGAGAAAAUAAAAUCGAAAAUGAAAAAGAUCAAUUAUAAAUUUAAGAAGAUUAAGAAUAAAAUAACUUACAAUCUUAAUAAUAAGAAAAUGUUCUUCAAGAAAAUAAUUAAUAAGAUGGAGAAAAUAAAAUCGAAAAUGAAAAAGAUCAAUUAUAAAUUUAAGAAGAUUAAGAAUAAAAUAACUUACAAUCUUAAUAAUAAGAAAAUGUUCUUCAAGAAAAUAAUUAAUAAGAUGGAGAAAAUAAAAUCGAAAAUGAAAAAGAUCAAUUAUAAAUUUAAGAAGAUUAAGAAUAAAAUAACUUACAAUCUUAAUAAUAAGAAAAUGUUCUUCAAGAAAAUAAUUAAUAAGAUGGAGAAAAUAAAAUCGAAAAUGAAAAAGAUCAAUUAUAAAUUUAAGAAGAUUAAGAAUAAAAUAACUUACAAUCUUAAUAAUAAGAAAAUGUUCUUCAAGAAAAUAAUUAAUAAGAUGGAGAAAAUAAAAUCGAAAAUGAAAAAGAUCAAUUAUAAAUUUAAGAAGAUUAAGAAUAAAAUAACUUACAAUCUUAAUAAUAAGAAAAUGUUCUUCAAGAAAAUAAUUAAUAAGAUGGAGAAAAUAAAAUCGAAAAUGAAAAAGAUCAAUUAUAAAUUUAAGAAGAUUAAGAAUAAAAUAACUUACAAUCUUAAUAAUAAGAAAAUGUUCUUCAAGAAAAUAAUUAAUAAGAUGGAGAAAAUAAAAUCGAAAAUGAAAAAGAUCAAUUAUAAAUUUAAGAAGAUUAAGAAUAAAAUAACUUACAAUCUUAAUAAUAAGAAAAUGUUCUUCAAGAAAAUAAUUAAUAAGAUGGAGAAAAUAAAAUCGAAAAUGAAAAAGAUCAAUUAUAAAUUUAAGAAGAUUAAGAAUAAAAUAACUUACAAUCUUAAUAAUAAGAAAAUGUUCUUCAAGAAAAUAAUUAAUAAGAUGGAGAAAAUAAAAUCGAAAAUGAAAAAGAUCAAUUAUAAAUUUAAGAAGAUUAAGAAUAAAAUAACUUACAAUCUUAAUAAUAAGAAAAUGUUCUUCAAGAAAAUAAUUAAUAAGAUGGAGAAAAUAAAAUCGAAAAUGAAAAAGAUCAAUUAUAAAUUUAAGAAGAUUAAGAAUAAAAUAACUUACAAUCUUAAUAAUAAGAAAAUGUUCUUCAAGAAAAUAAUUAAUAAGAUGGAGAAAAUAAAAUCGAAAAUGAAAAAGAUCAAUUAUAAAUUUAAGAAGAUUAAGAAUAAAAUAACUUACAAUCUUAAUAAUAAGAAAAUGUUCUUCAAGAAAAUAAUUAAUAAGAUGGAGAAAAUAAAAUCGAAAAUGAAAAAGAUCAAUUAUAAAUUUAAGAAGAUUAAGAAUAAAAUAACUUACAAUCUUAAUAAUAAGAAAAUGUUCUUCAAGAAAAUAAUUAAUAAGAUGGAGAAAAUAAAAUCGAAAAUGAAAAAGAUCAAUUAUAAAUUUAAGAAAAUAAACCAUAAAAUAUUUAACAAUAUUUAUAAUAGACAGCUAAUGUUUAACAAUUUGGAAAUUAAUAAGAUAAUGUUUAUAUAUAAGCUCAAUACUAAUCUAAUUAAUAAUAAAAGAAUUAGAUUACAUUCACUUUUUAUUAAUAUUAAUAGUAAGAUAAUAAUAAUUUUUUACAUAUCUAAUAAAACAAAUAAGUUAUAUAAGAAGAUGAAAUUCAAAAUUUGGACAUAGGUUCUAUCUAUUUUAAUUAAGUUCAAUAAUCUACGAAAUAAAACACUAUUGAUAAUUUUCAUUUAUCAUAUAAUACACAAAAUCUUGAAUCGUAAUAAAACAACUAAAAUAAAGUCUCAGUAUAUAUUUAAACUUAAUCUACAAAUAAUGAUCAAAUCAAUCCUUCUCAAAAUUUAGAACAAAAUCAUCAUAUUUUAAAUAUUUCUUAAGAAGAUCCUAGCUUAUAAAAUACUAAGGAAAUCCAAUUUAAUCAUGAUUAUAAACUAGGUCAAAAUAGCAACAGAUUUGAAAAAUACAAUGAAAUUGAAGACUAGAAUUAAACCCAAGAUAUGAUUGAAUAAAGCUAAUUUUUAUAGGAUGAUAAAACAGAUUUAUUAUAUAAAAACUAAAACUUAGUAAAUGAUUAGAUUACAGAUUAUAAUCUAACAUAAGUUGAAGAAAAUAAUAAUGAACAAUAUUAAUAAAAGGAUCAGAAAAUUUAAAUUACUUUACAAGAUAAACAAGAUGAUUAUAUAGUCGAUAUUAAAUAAGGCAAUUAGACACCAUCCACUAAUGUUCAAGAGAAAAAGUAAUAAAAAAAAAAAACAUUAAUUUGUAAAUGUUGUUAAUUAAUUUGA